AUGGGCAAAGCAAUAUCCAUGGUAUCACUCUUCUUCUUGCUGAUCUUCCUUGUUCGAGCACAGAGAGCAGCAGCAGAGACUACUACAGACUUCAUUUUCCAAGGCUUUAAAGGAAAGGAAUCAGAAAUUCAAUUAGCAGGAGAUUCAACCAUCACGCCCAACGGACUAUUGAGGCUCACCGAUAGAGACUCAGCCCUUGCCGGAACAGCUUUCUACCACAAACCGGUGAGAUUGCUUAACAGUAACUCCACAGUUGUUUCUUUUAGCACAAGUUUCGUCUUUGUUAUUAUACAUUCAAGCUCAAACAAUGGAGGUUUCGGCUUCACAUUCACACUAUCUCCAACCCCAAACCGUAGAGACGCGGAAUCAGCACAAUACUUGGGGCUUCUCAACGAAAGAAACGACGGUGAUCCGAGGAAUCACGUUUUCGCAGUGGAGUUCGACACGGUACAAGGAUUCAAAGACGACACAAACAGAAUAGGCAACCACAUUGGUCUAAAUUUCAACAGUCUCUCUUCAGAAGUCCAAGAACCUGUGGCUUACUACAACACCGACGGCAAGAAGGAAGAAUUCCAACUUGCUAGCGGAGAGCCAAUCCAAGUCUAUCUGGAUUACGACGGACCAACCAAAACUCUUAAUCUAACUGUUUACCCAACAAGACUGGGAUCUAAACCCACAACUCCUUUGAUCUCACAACAUGUUCCUAAACUGCUGGAGAUUGUGCAAGAAGAAAUGUUCGUGGGAUUCACAGCAGCCACGGGGAAGGAUAAAUCGAGUGCACAUUACGUGAUGGGUUGGAGUUUCUCAGAUCGUCCUGUUGCAGCAGCAGCAGCUACGUUGAAUCUCUCGGAGCUUCCACCUCCGCCUACAAAUAAAGCUAAGAAAAGAGGUGACAAUGGGAAGGUCAUCGCUCUGAUCGUUGCUUUAACGACGGUUAUAUCGAUCAUGUUGGUGUUAUCGUUAAUAUUCAUGAUAUACAAAAGGAGACUGCAACAAGAGGAGAUACUCGAGGAUUGGGAAAUAGAUCAUCCUCACAGGUUUCGAUACAGAGAUCUCUAUGAAGCCACUGAUGGAUUCAAGGAGAACAGAGUCGUGGGAAACGGAGGAUUCGGAACUGUUUACAGAGGAAGCAUCGAAUCAUCUUCCUCCUCGGAUCAAAUCGCAGUGAAGAAGAUAACUCCGAAUAGCAUGCAAGGUGUUCGAGAGUUUGUCGCAGAGAUAGAGAGUUUAGGACGUCUGAGGCAUAAGAAUCUGGUGAAUCUCCAAGGAUGGUGCAAACACGGAAACGAUCUCCUGUUGAUUUACGAUUACGUCCCCAACGGAUGCUUGGACUCGCUGCUCUACAGUAAACCGAGAAGAAGCGGCGCCGUUUUGUCAUGGAACGCGCGUUUUCAGAUCGCGAAAGGAGUCGCCGCUGGGCUAUUAUAUCUCCACGAAGAAUGGGAAAAGAUUGUGAUCCACAGAGACGUGAAGCCAAGCAACGUUCUCAUCGAUGAGGACAUGAACCCUAGACUUGGAGAUUUCGGUCUCGCCAGGCUUUACGAACGAGGAUCGCUGUCGCACACCAACGUAGUCGUCGGCACGAUUGGGUAUAUGGCGCCUGAGCUCACACGCAACGGAAACUCCUCUUCGGCUUCCGACGUUUUCGCUUUUGGGGUUUUGCUGUUAGAGAUCGUGUCCGGGAGAAAACCGACGGAUUCUGGGAGCUUCUUCUUGGGAGAUUGGGUCAUGGAGCUACGGGCCAGCGGUGAGAUCCUCGGUGCCGUCGAUCCCAGACUCGGGUCUGGUUACGACGAAGAGGAGGCGAGGCUUGCUCUCGCCGUCGGAUUGCUCUGUUGUCACCGGAAAAUGGAGUAUCGUCCGGCGAUGGGGAUGGUGCAGAGGUAUCUGAACAGAGACGAGGAUGUACCUGAGAUUGAAGAGUAUUCAGGUUCUUCGAGAAGCGAUUUUAGAUUGAAAUGUGGAGGAGACGUUUCGUCCUUUGAUAGGGCUUCGGGCUCAUCUCUCACAAGGAUUUCCUCUAGUUCGUUUAUCAGUGCUAGAUAGCUACUUAUUUAACUCUCUCUACUUUUUUCACUAUUUGUACUCUUGUUUUCUUUAAACUAAUUGAAGUUUUAUCUUAGCAAUAUGUUUAGAGUUGAUUUCUAAAUAAUAUAUGUCGGAUUAUUUUGUCAAAAAAAUUCAAUAUAUUAAUUAUUU